UCAUUGACGUUGAUCGAGAACAAAUGUAUAUUAACGCGGACAAAGCAAAAUUGAUUUUGGCGGGGAUCGCUGUAGGGGCCUUUGUACUGGCACUGGGAACAUUUGCCAUGUCUUGGUGGGUUCAGACAAAUGUCCUACAAAUUACUCGGGUUUUGGAGUUGGCCAUGUCUGGACUACUCUUAUUUGGAAUUUUUGGAGCAGAAGUCAGGCAUAAGAAACCGAUUCUACUGACAUGGAUAAUUGCCACACUUGUCUAUUCGUUUAUUCUUCUUCUUGUUCUUGAUAGAGCAACUGUCGGCGAUGUGAUAUAUGUUAUUAUAUCUGAAUUUUUACUAGUUGGCAUGAUGUACAUCGUAUACAGGGCAUAUUGCGAAUUGGAUUCGGAACCUGAUUUUGGCUGGACCCAUACUACUUUACCAAGGAAUCCGGCUUUUCAAUUAUCUCUCAAAUCGGUGGAUGUGAGUCCCAAAGAGGCAAAGCAAAGUGAAAUGACUCAGCCUCCACCAUAUGACGAGCAAAAAACAGCAACCGCUCCUGUAUAUUAGAAAUUUAAAAUGCAUUGGAAAAUGUAUUUACUAAUAACAAUAUCUAUGAAUUUUCACGUAUUUCAGUGUAUUUACACUUUGUACUUAAGGAGACUAAUAAUUUCUGCAUAUAAUUAUAAGCCACAACGGACAAUAUAAGCUUUUAUGAUCAACUAAACAUUCAUAUUAACAAAACAAAUUUCUUUUUUAACAGUUUUCUACGUUUGUAUUUAUCAUGUGGAUGCUAUCAUCAUGUUAUUAAAAUCAAUUUACGUAUUAACCAAAAACCUUAACUUCUUAAUGCUCAAUAAAUUCAUAAAGAUUAAUUCAUUUAAAAAACCUUAACAUUUUACAAUAAGUUGAAAUAUGUCUCCAAAUAUGGAAUUUAAUGGUUAUAACAUAAGUAAGAUCAAAAAAUAUGCAUAUACAUACAUACAUAUAUUCACAUCGAACUCUCUGCUGGACGUUCUGAGCUUUUUUCAAACAAUUUGUUUACAUUUGUAAUAAACAAAUGAGAUUUCCGCAGAAAUGCGAA